CUCGAGCCACAUAGCGCAUCUCGCUGUCUGAACCCGCUCCUCACCAUCCUCACCACCUUGCUCUCGUCGUCGCUGCGGCUCCUGCUUCUCGGCGCGUCUCACAUCGCGCCCACUCUCGUCGCACGCGCCGUCGUCGCGUCGCCGCCGCGCGCACGGCCUCCGUCACCUCGCCGAGCUCGGCCGCUGCUCGGCCAGCACAGCAGCUGCGCUCUCCACUCCCCGGCUGCGGCGACCGCAGCACAGCUCGCCGCCGAGCACACCUUCGAGCAGCAUCGUCUGCCGAGAGCCAGUGCCGCGCCCUCCUCUCACGAGACGGACGCACCCACCACCUUCUGCGCCGCGCCUCGCCUGACACUGCGCUCUCCGCCGCCCCGCCUCGGCCACUGCGCUCCAGCCUGACCGGUGCCGCACCAGGCGCCGCCUGCAUAGCCGACGUCUGUGACCCGCGCCGCGCUCUCGGUGCCGAGCAUGGCGGCCGUCGCAAGUGCGCUCGGCAGCAGCAGCGGCUCGGGCAGCGCCGCAAUGUACCGGGCGGAUUCGGCUGGCGGCGCCACGCCCGCUACGUCGUCUGCCCUCUUUGCGCGCUCGCCGGCGGCGUCGGGCUCGUCGCGCGGGCCCUCGCUGCGCAGCGACGAGGCCUCGCCGCCCGAGCCGCCGGCCUCGUCGGGCGACACGGCGCCGCCAGACGGCGUGCCGGAGGAUGUGCUGGACGAGACCGAGUUCCCCGAGCCCGUCUGCGGCGGCUGCAAGCUGCUCAUUGACGAAGACUCGGCGGACCAGGGCGUGAUCCACUUUGCCACACAACUCUGGCACGUCGAUUGCUUCCGCUGUGCCAAGUGCCAGAACCCCGUCCUGACGGACCGGGACGACAUCCUGCUCCUCUCCGACGGGCAUCCCAUCUGCGGGCAGUGCAACUACUCCUGCCAGAUCUGCGGCCUGCCGAUCAUGGAGGAGGCCAUCAUGACUGGCGAUGAGUCGUACCACGCCUCGUGCUUCACGUGCCGCUCGUGCCACACGCCCAUCGAGGAGCUCGUCUUCGCCAAGACGAGCCAGGGCAUCUACUGCAUGUCCUGCCACAACGAGCGCGUUGCGCGCAGCCGGAGGAAUGCCAGCAACAAGCGGAAAGGCGCCAAGUCAUCCUCGCGCAACGGCGUCAAGGAGAACCAGCCGCCAAGCGCGCAGCUCGGGUCUGCUCGCUCGCCCUCGGCGCAGAGCCUGACGGCGCCCUCGCCGAAUCUCGGCGACGGCAGCGGCACAUCGCGGCGCUCGCAGGAGGAGCUCCGCUCCGGCGACUCUGGCGGGCUGAGCGCGCCGAACGGCGACGGCUCGCGCGCCUCGAUGGAGGAGCUCGCCGGCGACAACGCCUCGGCUGCUGGCAGCCCGUGGCUGGGCUCGCUCGGCAAGUCUGGCGGCGCCGGCGCGAAGCGGCCAGUUGCGGCACCGCCGCCGCCGACGCUGCGGGAGCUGCGCGCUGGCUACGCAGGUGUGGUGCCCGCAGGCGGGCGCCGGCCAGUCACUGCUGAAAGUCCGCUGAAGAACGCCGGCAGUGGCGAUUCUGGGCCCUCGACGGCGCGCGAGAUGGUGAGCGGCAGCACGUCGAGCGUCGUCUCGCACGCCUCGGGCCAUAGUCGGACGCGCAGUGCGUCGAGCGGGCCGAGCGUGCACACUCGCAGUCCCAUGCCCUCGUCCGAUGGAGCGCGCUCAAGUCCCACGUCCGAGAACCCGCUCAUGCAGCCGCUGCGCACACCCACAAAGCCCAGCUUUCCGCCGCCGAGCUCGAUGCGCGUGGGUCUGGGCAUCGAAGAGCGCGGCGCGCUGCCGCCUUCGAGUGCGCCGCCCACAACGCGCACGUACGACGAGGCAGCAUCGGAGCUGCGCGACGAGGCGAAGAAGUCGAACCGCUACUCGAUGCAGAGGCAAGGAGACGCCAGCGCCUCCAAGGGCUUCUCGACGCCAUCAAUCAAGCGGACCGCGGACGAGGCGCCUCGGCUGGCAGCGCCGAUGCUAGCCGCGUCGCCGCCGCGUCAGACUGACCGCCUCUCGCGCGCCUUCAGCUUCUACGACCCCGACUUUGUCAACCUGAUGGACACCUUCGGCCAGUUUGACUCGUCGGAGGACUUGCGUCUCAGCCCCAGCGGGCGUCCGAGCGAAGACCUGCACGGCGAUGGCCCAGCGCAUGCCGCGUCCGACGAGACGCAGGACAAGCUCUUGCCGCUGUCGCCGCCGUCAAUUGCCUCCGCGCGCGCUGCAGACGCCGCCGCUGCCGCGCAGAGCCUCAAGACUGCAGAUGGGCAAGCGCAGGACGAGGGUCUUGCAGGGCUCUCAUCUCCCGUGCCGAGUCUGCAUCCCGACAGCGCGACGGACGAGUCUCGCCUGCGCAAGCAGCCCUCGACGGCGAGCCUGCAGACGAUCCAGGCCAAGGUGCGCGAGUCGAUCCGCUCGGCGCAGGACGGCCACGUCAGCAUGGACACGUCGUUCGUCGAGAGCAUCCUGCUGGACCUGGACCAGACCAAGGAGCGCAUGAAGAGCCUGCAGCACAAGUACGACCGCAUGAAGCGUGCCAGCCAGAAUGCGGCUCGCGGCUUCUCGAGCGCGCGCGAGGAGUUUGAGGCAGAGGUGCAGGCGCGCCUCGAUGCAGAGGCCGAGAUGCUCGUGCUGAAGAAGCAGCUCGUGGAUCAGGCUUCGAAGCUCUCCGUCUACUCUACGGAGCAGCGCAAGCAGGAGAACCUGCAGCGCCGUUCGGCCGAGGUCAAGACGUCGCUGCAGGGCCUGGAGCGCGACCUCGCCAAGCUGACAGUCGAGCGGGACUUGACUGUUGCGGAAGUGGCCGAGCUGGUCGCGCUCCAGGAGGGCAAGUCGGGCCUGCGUGCGCCCGACGGGGCAGCAGUCGCCUCAAGCGAACGCACCACAGCACUGUCGCGCAACCUCAGCGUCCGUCUCGAGGGCGUCAAGGACAAGUACCGCAAGGAGAUUGACGAGCUGACGUUCGAGCGCGAUGCGCUGCUCAUCGAGAUCGAGGAGCUCAAGCAGUCGCGAGACACGUACCUCGAGGAGUCGAAGCAGCUCAAUCAGCGCAAUGACGAACUCAACGGCAUCCUGGCGCAGCUCACGCGGCGCAUGGAGGACACCGAGUCGCGCACGGCGCGGCUGCGAGCCGACGGCCGGGAGCGAGAGCAGCUGCCGCCGCUGCCUUCCUCGACGCCUGUUCGCGGCACUUCGUCGCACAGCAGCUCGACGCACGGCAAAGGCUACGGAAGCGGUUCGCGCUCGACGUCCGCGACGACCGACACGUUUCCCUCGUCUGCCGCGUCCGACUCGACGUACACGCACGACCACUCUUCGAUCCACCGCCUCGCCUCGCCGGUGGUGACGAAGAUCGAGGCGGCGCCGCCGAAGAAGUUCAAGUGGAUGAAGCCGAAGCUGCACGACUCGGCCAAGGCUGCCGUCGCGGCGGCGGCGAUGAACCUGCCGCUGGGCCACUCGCCGCCCGUGCCGCCCAAGGCAGUGUCGGCCGCGGGCGAGGCUGGCACGGGCUCGGGCAGCCAGCUGGCGCCUGGCUCUGCACAGCCUUCCGCACAGGGCCUCUCCUCGCCCGCGCCUUCGAGCAGCGGCCAAGCGCCUCAGACGCCAGGACAGCGAGUGGCAGUGCCCAACGAGAUUGUGGUGCGCGAGCAUCUCUUCCAGCCAUUCAGCAUGCUGCGCCCGGUGCGCUGCUUUGCGUGCCAGAAGAGCAUGUGGGGCCAGUCCGAGGUGCGCUGUGCGCUCUGCGGCCAGGCAUGCCAUCAGCGCUGCCUGCAGAGUCUGCCGACGUCGUGCAACCAGCCCUUCUCGCGCAGCGACGAGCCCUUCGAGGCUGGACCGUCGAUGUUUGGGCGUCCGCUCAUCGAACAGGUCGCGGCCGAGGGCCACGAGGUGCCGCUCGUCGUCGAGAAGUGCAUUGCUGCCGUCGAGGCGAUGGGCAUGGACUACGAGGGCAUCUACCGCAAGUCGGGCGGCACCUCGCAGCUGCGUGUCAUCACACAGCUCUUCGAGCGCGGCCAGCCGUUCGAUCUGGAGGACGCAGACCGCUUCAACGACGUCUCGGCCAUCACGUCGGUGCUGAAGAACUACUUCCGCGAGCUGCCUGAGCCGCUCCUCACUUUUGAGCUGCACGAGCAGUUCAUCGAGGCUGCCGAGCUCAAGAACGACGCGGCCCAGCGAGAAGAGAACAUGCGUGCCCUCGUGGCGCGCCUGCCACGACAGCACCACGACACGCUGCGCUACCUCAUCCGGCACCUACAUCGUGUGCGCCUCUCGAGCGACGAGAACCGCAUGAACGCCAGGAACCUCGGCGUCGUGUUCGGGCCCACGCUGAUGCGCUCGGGCGACCCGUCCAAGGAGUUUGCACACAUGGGCGGCAAGGCCAUGACGAUCGAGUACAUGAUCGAGCAUCCGAGCAUCUUCGACAAGACCUCCUAGAGCCGCACGCCUCCGCCUCUUCGAUGGCACCCCUCACUGCGCCUGCCACUCCCUCCUACCUCAUGCCUCACACACCCAUCGCACAUUGCCCCUCUCUACACGCGCUCUCGAUACCCUGCCACACCACGAGUCGUGGCCCCUCCAUCCCCCCCAACCCCUGCGCCCUGCUUGGCUUGCUACAGCCCGCAGGCGCGCCGUGCCUCGUCUUUCUCAAUCCUAUCUAACUGCCGGCUCUCCGCCUUGCCUCCAA